AUGAAAUCAUUAAUCUUUGUAUGUGCUAUGCUCCUUUGCAUUUCCUUUGUAGCUGCAAGUCACCCACUUGGUAUCCAACACAAGAUGAUUGGAACAUGGCAAACCAAUGGUCAAACCUUCUCUCAAUGGGAUAUUACCAUCACCAAUUAUGCCACCAGAAACAUCAAGCAAAUCGUCAUUGGUACUGAUGCCACUUGCCGUCUCCGUGACAACAGCUCCAUCUGGAACAUCAACAUUGUCCAAGGCAACUUUAUCGAUUUUGUCACUCUCCCAAGCCACCAAGACAUCAAUGCUGGUGCCUCUUACACUUUUGGUUACAUCAUCUAUGGUGCUGCUCCAGCCAACCUCUUUGUCAAGGCUGUCAUCUAUGCUUAA